CUGUGCGCCUCUGCGGGAUCAGGGGGAAACGCACAAGCGAGGCGACAACAACCAGAGCACAGACUUGGACAUUACCCACAGCCUACUACUACUACUACUACUACAGCAGCCGGACGGACUCCAUACGCUUUAUUCCAGCCGUAGAGAGGAGUGAAAAAGUUUGGAGAAAUGCAGUCAGUGUACCAGCACCUGAUCAGCCUACUGUUUAUCUUCAGCAGCCUGCAGGUUAACCAGCUGACGGAGGGCUGCUCCUGCGCUCUGACUCACCCGCAAGACGCCUUCUGCAACUCCGACAUAGUGAUUCGAGCUAAAGUGGUGGGCAAGAAGCUCCUGAGAGAUGGACCUUUUGGAACGAUGCGCUACACGGUCAAGCAAAUGAAGAUGUACAAAGGAUUCGAAAAAGUCCAGCACGUGCAGUUCAUUUACACAGACGCCUCAGAGAGUUUGUGCGGCGUUAAGUUUGACAUCAACAAGUACCAGUACCUGAUCACAGGUCGAGUGUACGAUGGCAAGGUCUACACAGGGCUGUGCAACUUCAAUGAGCGGUGGGAGCGCCUCUCAUUGGCCCAGAAGAAAGGCAUCAACCAUCGCUACCAGCUGGGCUGCAACUGCAGGAUUAAGCCCUGCCACUACCUGCCCUGCUUCGUGACCUCAAAGAACGAGUGCCUAUGGACGGACAUGCUGUCUCACUUUGGCUAUCCCGGCUACCAGUCCCGGCAUUACGCCUGCAUCCAGCAGAAGGAGGGCUACUGCAGCUGGUACCGGGGCAUGACUGGACGCGACAAAACCACCAUCAACGCCACCGACCCCUGAACCCCAACGCACCCUGCUCGAAAUCCACUGCCACCUCCCUAACUCCGUCCCAUCCCGAUCACUUCUAGAGCAUUACACGACUCUUAAAGCUCACUGGCCUGGGUGACAGCUUCUUUAAAGGGGCAAGAAAAGAUUAAAUCCAUUACAGUGCCUGUUUUGUAGCACUUCCAGUAGAAAACAAUACCUUUUUUUUGUUGUGCUGAUCACCCUGGUGAACUCUAUUAUCAUUUUCCCAAACCACAAAUCAAACUUGCACCAAACUGUCUCUUUAGGGUUCAGUGGUGUUAAAAAGUUGACAAAGACAGACAGUUAAAAGGCCAAUGAGAAGUGUAAGACCUCGAUCAAGCUCUAUUGGGAUCUUCAGAAUUUAAGAACUAAUCUCCAAAACAAGCAGUGAGCUGGACACAAUUAAAAGUAUCAAUAAAUAUCAUUGGUGUUAAUUAGCGACCUGCAGUUAGCCUACUGCUAAAAUAGUAUUAUGUUCAUUGUGUGCAUUGAGGCAGUUUAUCUUUUAAAAAGCAAGGCAUCUCAAAACUAAAGGUCAUGAAGUAUCAUGAAUUUCAAUCAUAGAUUGAAGUAUAGCCAAUGAUUACUAUGUAAAUUUGAGAUGUAAAGCUGUUUCAUUGUUGCUACUGACCUGCGCUUGCUAGCAUUAGACUUGUGCAACAAUACAGAGCAGAGCCAAGAAUCUUUUCCAAAAUACAGAUCGAGUGCCAAUGUGAGGUAUGAUCUCUGAAAGAUAUACCUCUUAUUUCGGCUUCAAAACCUUUUUUUAAAAAUGGUAUUGUUUUACAGUGAAGUAUACAUCGAUUAUGUUCACAGUUUUUACUGUAACAUGUGUCUUUAUGGAUGGUAGUAUCUCUGCUUACCUGAAUGUUUGCAAUGUAACUCAUUUUGCAGUUAUAUCACAAACAACACCCUUUCUGUUCAGCACUGAUGAAUAUCAGAGAAAUGCUAAAAACGUCUGUCUGUAACAGUGCCAACGCAGGGAAGAGCUCAUUUUUUGCUGUAUAUAAUAUAAGCUACAGAAAUGAACUAUCAACUCAGCUGAAACCUCUGUAAUACAUUUAUUUAUAUGUUUAUUGGAUUACACAUUAACCAUGUGGUAUAUCUGCAAAAGAAAAAAAAAAGACAAAAUAUAUAAUAACAGGUCAAAACUACAUUGGGA